GACGAACGUGUCUCCCAGCUGUGCACUUCUGAGAAGGUUACCUCAAGUGAAACUGCCUGCAGUGCUGAUAUUAAGAUCACGGAUGGGCUGGUUGGCUUUUUGUCCGGCAACUUCUCUGAGAACACAUGGAAGGACGAGUACCUCGGGGUGAACGCCACAGUACAUAAAGGAACGGAGGUAACAGAGGCAACCGGGGCAACAAAGACUUCCGAUGGUGUGACAUUCCAGGGAGCGUGGGCGGAGUGGCCUGUUGGCAGUCAAGGGCAGAAUCAGCUGUACCACUUCGCGAACUACAACUUCACUCUUGUGGCGACGGUGUCCAUCGACGGUGAGCCGAAGGAAGAUACCCCCAUUCCUUUGUUGGGUGUGCGUGCGGGCAGUAACGGGGGAAAAAAACUUUUUGGACUGUCGUACAACGGCGGAGAUAAGUGGCAAUUGCUGUGCGGUGACGAAACAAACAAGGAAAUCAGCAGCACAUGGAAGCGAGGGACAAAACACCAAGUGGCCAUUGUGCUACGGAACGGCAGCGAUGUCUCCGCGUACGUCGAUGGUAAACGUCUGGGGAAGGAUGCGCAAUGUGAAUUGAAAAAUACAGAUUCGGAAGGGAUAUCGCACUUCUACAUUGGAGGGGAUGGUGGCAGUGCAGACAACACAAGAAGCCGUGAAGUGGUGUCUGUGACGGUGACGAACGUCCUGCUGUACAACCGCCCGCUGACUUUUUCAGGUGGGAAUGCCGAGGUGGAAGAAGUUACCGAUUCACCAUCAGCGGAGCCUGCUUCUCCAUUUGUGGCAAGGAAUCAAAAUGCGGCGCCUCCUGCAACGAUACCUCCUGAAGCUCCGGUGGGGCAAACGACCUUGCAGCAGCCUCAACACGAAGGCAAAGGGCAAAAUGCAACGGCGGAGGAAUCUGCCACUACACAAGAAGUUCCGGCGACCACAUCGCAGGGAAGUGUGGGGAAGGCGGCGGCUUCGAACUCCCAUGCCGCUGGAGAAGCAAGAGAUGAUGCCGGCAUUAUGCGUGAGAGCGGACUGCCGCCAUCGCUGCUCCUUCUGUUGGGACUGUGGGGGUUUGCAGCUCUGUGA